CGCAGCAUAUAAUAAUACACAACACUCCGCCAUGGAGGCUGCUCCCCCCCGGCCGUCGACUUCCUCCUCUCGCUCUCUCCGCAGGACUCCCGCCGACUUUGAGGCUGCGCUCCGCAACCCACAGGAGACACUCUAUCUCUCGGCAGGCCCACCACCCAUCGGCGAAGACCUCGAGUCCGAAGCUGCAUCCACUGCAACCGGCCACCACCAUUCCUCCGGCACGAGCACAGCGGCCAUGGACGACCCAGACGCACCUCUCUCCGUGGACAAACGAAGCUUCGAGGACGACCUCCGCGCGCUGAGCAGAACGCGGGAGAGAGAGGAGGGGAGGAUAGGGCUCGGUGUGGGACAUGUAAGCGAAGGGAGUGUCGUCAAGAGGCCACCGAUACCUGUCCCGGGGGUGACACCGCCUACGCCAAAAGGACAUGCACGGAAGGCAUCCUGUGUGACGACGACGAGCACAACGUCGACCGGCACCGGGGACACACCGACAAGGGCGGCCAGGCGGCCGGUGAAAAGCAUCGGUCUUGACGCCGAGCUUGGGAUUGAGCCCAAAAGCAAAAAAGCGCCCCCAAAACGGCGCUCUCUCUUCAGCAAGGCUACCACGACCUCCCAGCCCGACCUGGCAUCCAUGGUCCGGCGCUCAACCCACCGCAGUAGCAAGCAGAAACAAGACACAGCGUCCACUCCUGCACCAUCGAUGUCCACCUCCGCAAGCUCACGCACGCUCUACAAGGAGCAGCCAUCCCCAUCUGCACCGAGGAAUAGGUCCACAACAGAAACCAGCGACAAGCACGGCAGCAUGAUGGGAGGUAACCAGAUGGCCACCAUUGCGGAAGGGUCUGGCACGUUGAGCAGAAAUAAGUCAAACGCUUCUGAUGAAGGUUUCAAGACAAUGAAGUACAAGGCCAGGGGUAUGUUUGGAAAGAUGUUUGGAUCUACCAAAGAAGAUCAGCAGCUCUCAUCAAAACAUUCCGGUUCAGCUUCUUCCUCCCGCGUAGAUAUCAAUGCCGAGACUGUUUACCCGCCUGUACCUCCUGUCCCAGCUACCUAUGCCAAUCAGAAACAGCGACCUUUCACCCCCUCUUCAACAUCCACCGACGUCUUCAGCCCUUCCAGAUCUCCUCAGUUAUCCACUUACUCGGCAUCUGCAUCGCCUGCCAUGGCCUCGCAUAACAGGAAAUCAAGGACCCCGACGCCAUCAACCAUGUCUGGGCGGCGCGACUCGCAGGCUAGUGCCAUGAUCACGGACAAGCCUUUGCCUGCUGUCAGAGACAACGUCGACGACCAUGACUCGACACUCGUGGCAACAAUUACUAAACGAGGAUCCAGUCCCCUUCAUGUUAGAGAACCAGCCAGCGUAUCAGAAAACGAAACUCCCUCUCGAGCCACAUCUUGUUCUUCACGCAAACUCGCCCCUUCACCGUCACCUGCCACCGCAGCAGUGACAUCUUUUUCUGACGAUAUGGCAGGGAUGCUUGCCAAUAUAGGACAAUCGCAACCUGCUAUGGAGCUUGGCUUACCACAGGAGAGUUUAAGGCUCAGGGAUGGUAAAAACGGGUUUCCCGCCGCUUUGGGGAGGCCCCUAUCAGAUCAGGAGUUGUCGGUGACACCUACAUCAUCAACAUUCUUAUCAGCUACUUCGUCUCCGCAACGGUCGGCGUCAGUAUCUGCAGCUUCAGCAUCGGACCAAGCAUCGUCAAUGCCUCUUAAAGGUUCAUCUGCCGAUCAACUCUCAUCCUUCCUUGACCCUCCUAUUUUCCAAUCGAGUACAUUCUUGAAUCAUGAGCUCUACUCUCUUCACCCUCAACAGCCUCAAAAUCGACACCACACUGAGCCCUUCAUUAACCUCCAUGCCCCGUCUCCAUCCCUCUCUUCUGCACUUGCACCUUCUGUAGACGUCCCUCAAAUUGCACCGAUAUUUGAAAAAGCCAGUGACGACCAAGGAGAGAAGGACUGGCAAUCGUUAUCAGAAGGGCCAUCACCGCUUCUACCGUCUUCCGCCAAGUUUGAUUCCUCGGGCGGUGUCGAAAAUACUGAUCGACCGUCACCCAUUGCACCUUCGGCUUGGGCUCGUCAAGCUCAAGGGUCACCCUCGUCUCCUCUCCCGUCUCCGGCACGACUGCAGUCUAAUUUAUCGGAUAAGAUCGACAGGACGUGUAUACCUGCUUCGUCUAGCGCCAUGUCUGGUUUCAGCUCCCUAUCGGCUCAAGGAACGAUAAAGGACACUCGAGAUAAAGUGGAGGUGAUCUCUUCCCCGCCAGAGACCCCUAGUAAAGCGCAGGAGCAGGCUGUGGAAGUAUCCGAUGAUAAGGCUGAAAGCCAGAAAAAUAGCGAACCAGACCGUGAACAAGAUAAAAUGGGAGAAGGGAGCAACGAGGACAAGGGGAAGAGGCUAGCACGCGAAUUCUAUGAAGGGGAUGGGACGACCGUGGCUGGGGAUAAAAUGGCAGAGUUUUUGGGUGGACCGCAUGCUAUCAACGACAUCACCUUGAAAUACUUUAUGCAGUACUUCCACAUGGAGGGACAAAACCUCGUUGAUGCCUUUCGGCAGCUCUGCCAAAAACUCUACCUCAAGGCCGAAUCCCAAGAACUCGAUCGUAUCAUGGGCGCGUUUUCCGCUCGCUUCUUCGAGUGCAAUCCCAACACCGUCUUUGGAUCUCCCGGUAUCUUGCAUACCGUCUCUGCCGCGAUGCUCAUGCUCAACACCGAUCUCCAUAUCGCAGAAUUGAGUAGACACAUGUCGAAAGCUGAAUUUGUCAGGAACACACUCCAGGCUAUUCAUGAGAGUACAACUGUCGAUCCAAAUACAAUCUUGAGCGCUGCUGCAGAUGAAAGGUCUUCGACUCCCGAUUUAGUGAGGGAUGAUGAUGGAAGCAGCAUGAAGCCUAGCCUCGGCUCAAACUCAUCCAUGUCCACCACGCUAAUCAACACAAGAGCCAAGACACCGAUCCAACCGAUGCAAGCUCGGAGCACUUCAGCACCUGUCAUUUCUGCCCACAUUCAUCAGCAUGCGCCGCCUUACGCCUCUGCAAACAGCUCGCUAUCCGUAGCUGGCAUAUCUACAGAGGGGAAAAGCAGAAAUAGCUCGUUCAGCGCAGGCUCAUGGAGCUACUCCAAGGGCUGGGAAACAGGAGCUGAAGCUGCACUGAAGGAAAUCUACUCUUCCGUUCGUGCUGACAAGAUCCUUCUUCCUAUAUCUGGUAUUCCCGGGAACGACCGAAAUGCAUCUCGUUCGAGCAAUCGCCAGUCAAUGAUUUCACUUGCUAGCAACGGUCCUUACGACUCUCGGUUCGCCAGGGGACGGACACCGACAGACCGUAUGAAUGUACUCAGACGGGGGAGUAUACGUAGUGUCCAAGGUCUGUUAAAUAACGGCAGUAACAGUCCUUAUGGCUCCCAAUGGUACGGGUCUGAUGGGAGACUCAGUCCCGCUCUGAGCAACGCAACAUCUAUCAACGAAACGGGCGCUAGUGGUUCCGGUUUCUCGUCUUUCGCCCCCUCUCUGGGUUUUGCUUCCAACCUGUCACACACAGUGAUUCGAGAAAAUGAAGACGAAGUUGGUUCGCUACAUUCAAAGGCUAGCGUAGGCACAGUGGAGGAUAUGGAUGAUGAUGAGCUUGCGUUGCUGGGUGCACCAUGGGCCAAGGAGGGGAUUUUACAACGUAGAACACAAGGGGAAGGCGUGGCGAAAAGGGUGAAGAAGGCUGAUUGGAAGCAGUUCUUUGUGGUGGUCAGCAAGGGGGAUCUGUACAUGUUCACGUUUGGAGAUGGUAAAGGAGGAGGGGGAUUUAUGGGUGGGUCCGUGGGUGGUGGAAAUUGGCUGGAAAAUGCCAAUGCGAACGGUACUAUCAAUCUCAUGCACACCACCGCUGUUGCACUUCCCAAGCAGGGCCACUCGUCUUCAAAACCAUAUUGUUUCAGUGUCAACCAGUCAUCCGGCGAAGUGUGCACCUUUGCAGCGGGGACCGAAGACCUCGUUGCCGAAUGGGUCGCGACGUGCAACUAUUGGGCAGCAAGGAAGACUCGACAGCCAUUGCAAGGAGGCGUGUCAAAUAUGGAGUAUGGAUGGAACAGAGUUGCAGUUGAUCAACUGGAGGACGAAAGCGAUCGGAUGAGUGUCUUUAGUCAGAAGAGUAACGGGAGCCGAAUGGGAGGCACGUACGGCCGGCGGGCUCUCGGGAGUGGUGGCGGGAGCAGUACAGGGCAGUUUGACAAAAUCCAUAUCAACGAUUGGAAGCCGCCACCUCCUGCGAUGAUUCCGAGUACUAUGGAAGAGGAGGGUCAAUUGGAAGCCUUGGUAGAGUAUGUAAAGUCGCAAGAAAAGGAGUUGGAGAAACACAAAGCUGUUGAGGAGCCGAUGAUGAGAUUGUAUUCUCAUGGAUCAAAGAAUCUCCACAAAGCAAAGGAAAAUUGGAAAGCCAAAUCGCACUAUAUCCAUAGUGAAAUAUUCAAAUACGAAACAUACAUCGACGCUCUGCGAAACGCCAUAUCACUUCGGGCCAAGAAACAAGGCGAGAAGAAAUUGGAAAAGUCACUCGCAAUGCCGAAUAACAACUUGCAGUCUUCCUCUGGAGAUAAAUCCGGAGCUUUGGAUAAAACUGAAAAGGCGGUUGAUGCAAGCGGCGCGGCGCAAGGUGUAAAUGCAGGGGGGUUGUCGAUUGAUCCGGAGGUCACAGAUGGACAAUUCGACGACGACGGGGAAGAGCAGCCUAUAACGCCGAAUGCGACGAUCAGGAGAUGACAUCGGCCGUGAAGAUAUAAUGGCUUUAUAGUGUGGAUUGGUAUAUAACGAACUGUAAUGCAUGUGUUACCAUGCAAUGUGCUGAC